GGCUGCGAAAACGCCGCUAGUGUCUUUUUUUCAGAGGAGAAAAGGGCUGCUGUAGUGUGGUUUGACAGUUGUUGUUGCGAGUGUGUUAUUGGUACAGUGGUUUUUUCGGGGUGGCUGCUGCUGCUGCUGCUGCCGCCGCCGCCGCCGGUCCCGUUAUCGAGAAGAGUGAAUGUCCUCGGAAACGUCGAUUCGGGGCCCACGCUGGAUUUCAGUUUCAAUUUAGCCCAGCCCCUUAACGAAUGUGGGGGUGCUGUGUUGCCUUGUUGCCCUUAUUUAAGUGCAACACUGCAGGUGCACUCUAGUGAUGGUCAGAAUAGCUCAGGUUUACAAUAUUUAACGGGUGAAAGUUUCAAAGAGACGAAAUACUGAGCAUCACAAUGGCCAGAAUGGUUGGCAACAACUACGAGUGGUGGAGUGUAUCUGAAGUUGGUUGUUGGCUAGAAAGGUUGGGCUUUGCCCAGUACAAAGCUGCAUUUACACAUCACAAGAUAGAUGGAGAGGUACUCCUACUUCUUACAGAAAAAGAUUUAAAAGAAGAAUUGAAAAUUGAUCUUCUAGGCGAUUUGAAGAAGAUAAGUGUAGCAAUUAGUAGGUUACAGAAUGAUUAUAACCAUUUGAUUCCUGAAGCUCCGUCUAGAAAUUUUUCUCCAGGCGCCCUCACAAAUUCUACACUUCCAGUCCAUCAGAAUCUUCAUCCAUCAGCUGCACAUUCCCCUUGCACAAAUUCUGCUCACUCAAGGGUCAGAAACUAUUCUUCAGACUCUCAGGCUUCAGAUCUUCAAGAGCAACAGAAAUUAGGUGGAUUUAGAAGGCCUAGUGGUGUAGCCACACAGCUGCGCCCAGAGUACUUCAAGACGCUGGUGUCAUGUCUAUAUAUGCUUCUUGUGACUUGGAUUACUGCAAUUGUAAUGGUGUUUGUUCAUGACAGGGUUCCUGAUAGGAAAAGACACCCUCCUCUGCCAGAUAUCUUCCUGGACAAUGUUCCACAUAUCUCUUGGGCAUUUCAGAUGUGUGAGAUAACUAUAUUAUUGAUGACAACAACUUGGAUAUGCAUACUCUUUUUCCAUAAACACAGGUCUAUUGUCAUACGACGGUUUUGCGCUCUGUCUGGUUCUGUUUUCCUUCUCCGUUGUGCAACAAUGUUUAUUACCAGUCUUUCAGUUCCAGGCUCACAUCUUGAAUGUGCUCCAAGGGAUCCAAGUGACUUAAUGACCCAAAUGAAGCAAGCAUGGGUGAUUUGGCAGGGAGGAGGGCUUAGUAUUAAGGGAGUGCGCACAUGUGGUGAUUACAUGUUCAGUGGACACACUACAGCUUUAACUACUCUCAACUUUUUCAUUACUGAGUAUACUCCAAGAAGAAUGUAUUAUCUACAUAUAGCAUCAUGGGUCCUGAAUACUUUUGGAAUAUUCUUCAUUCUAGCAGCUCAUGAGCACUACUCAAUUGAUGUCUUCAUUGCCUUCUACAUAACUUCACGCAUGUUUUUGUAUUACCACUCUCUUGCCAACAAUCGAGCUUUACACCAGCGAGAUUCUUUUAGAACGAAAAUUUGGUUUCCCAUGUUCAGUUAUUUUGAAGCUCACAUUGACGGUAUUGUGCCGAACGAGUAUUCUAAUCCCCUGUGUAAGGCAAACCUCUUAUAUCUCUGGAGAACAUUAAUUGUUACACCAUACAAGAAAAUUUUGGGGAGUAACAAAAAAGAGAAACGAAAAUAGAAGGGUAUGAUUGGUAUCACCCAUGACAUAUAUAUAAGGUUGUGAAAAUGCUCAAAACUACAGUAAGAAGUGCAAGGGCAUUGCUGUAAAGAAAUCAUUACUUUUACAAUAUUUAUAUCAGGAAAUAUAUGACAGCAAGAACUUAGUAAAUUGCUCCAUAGUAUAUUAUAUAAAUUGUGUUUAAUCCUUGAAUUUUUAUAUACAUAUAGUAAUGCCUCACAUUAACAGACCUCAAGACAGUGAGUUUUUGCAACGUAGCAGACGUGGUGCAUUUCAAAGAUGAAUUUUCACGGAUGAGUUAAGGUCAUUAAAGGUACUUAUUGUCUGUCAUUAUAGGCUAGCAUUUUAUUACCGCAUUGAGGUAUAAAAUGUGAGAAAUGUCAGAAUUCUGCUAACAUUUGUUGGUAAAGAGGGCACAGUGAACAAAUUAGUAUAACCUAUGUCAUGGUAACUUGGCGUUCUAUGUACGGAGUACGUACUAUGGUUUUCUUCACAUGAAUGAUAUUAUGUACAAUUUGUGACCAAUUGGUCAAGUUUUUCUUAAUAUAACUUUUUUUUUUUUUUUAUAUAGUAACACUCCAAACUCACCAACUAGCUGUUAAAGUGAGACAUUACUUUAUUUAGGUAUUUGUAUAUGCUUUGUAUGUAUAAAGCUAAUUUAUAAAUAUAGCGGGCUUGCAAAAUACUUAAGGGAUGUUCUCUGAAUUACUCUGAAUUACUAAUGCUAAUUUGUAAAAAUUUUCAAUUUCACUUAAUGAUUUUUCAACUCCCGUACUUGAACAGCCAACAUCACUCUGUAUGAACUGCAUAUUUUGCUAGUCCGCUGUUCAUCCUUGUAUUUUUGAAAAUACCCCACCUCAGCAUAAAACCCUUAUCAAAGAUGUGUAAAUGCUUUAGGUGUUACUAAAGCUUUUUUACAGCAUCACUUUAACCUCAAGCUGUAUUUCUUACGGUGUUAAAGUUUUCUUCACUUCCCUUGGUCUCUUCCCACCCACCUGUUCAAUUUAUUCAAUUUUCCCCAGCUACCAAUUUAACUUAUUUAAUUUUUGCCUGCUCCAAUUUUUUACUCAUUUAUGGGCAGACCCUUUAGGCCAGCUUAUUGUUCUGAUUAAACAGCUUUAUAAUGAAAGCCAAUAUAUGGAAUUUGAACUCAUUACAUUUGAAAGACGAAGAACACUGAAGAGCAAUUCAAAGAGGGACAGAUUUAAUAUUAACAUCUCAUAUCCAAAAAAAAAUAAAUGUCUUUAUUACCUGAUUGUGGCCGAGUAAGGGAAUGCGAGUUGAAUGCACAUUACUAAAGUAAGUGUUCAAUGGUGCUGAGAGACUUAUGCACAACAGGUGUGAAAAAUACUGUGGUAACAAAUCCUUUUUGUUUAAAUUCAACAUAUAAUUUUUUUCUUCUCAUAAUGCGACAUGACGCUAACCUUUGGGUGGCAUGCCUUCUGGUCCAGUAGGGUCAGUUACAAUAGCACUGUCUUGAAAUUUGUUAAAUCAAGAGAUUACUGUAGUUUGAUAAAGCAAUGUAGUAUGUGAAUAUGUUGUAAAUGCUUAUAAAUAUUCCAUAGUUAUGCUUAAGAUACUUUUAACGUAGUAAAUUCAGGGAAUAUUUUAUAAAGCAACCAGGUUCAUUUUAUAUUUACUUUUUAUCUGGGGUGGAAUUUUAAGACCUGACUUUAGUGUGACAUGUCCACUGUUCUUAAGCCAGAGAGUAAGUGGUUUUUGGCUUGAAAUUAUCUAUCCAAAUUUUGUAUUGCCAGGAGCAGUGGGAACAGGCUGGUCCUGCGCUUUGUAUCACAUAUAAAGCAUAUACAGUACUAUUUAUGCUUACCAAGUAUUGGAUUUAACAAUGUAAAUGUUUAUAUGUAUAGCAGUGAUUCCAAAGUUCUAUAAUUAUAGUGACUAUUCAAGCUACUUUAAAAAUAGAAGGUUUAAUGUAUGUUAAGCAGCGCAUAAAGGUUUUGUACAAUAUUUACAUAAUCUGCUUUGUUCACAUAUCUCCAUUUUACUGGACAUCUCUCAGUAAAGUUUUUGUCUACACCUUGUGGGAUUUGAACCUCCUACCUUAGUGUAACAUAUAUGUACUUUAUUCAUCUAUACCACAUUGCUGUAACUAUGUCCAUGUAUUUGUAACAAGUAUGAAAUUAUGUCUUGGACUGGUAAACACUGAAGAUUAUCUGGUUUAUACCAAUUAUGAGUAAAUAACAAUACAAGUCACCUUAGUUUAAGAGUUCAAAUCUCCUUGGUGCAGAAAGAAGCUUUGUCAUCUUUGAUAUUACUUUUUUUAUAUUUUCUUUACACAUUAUACUCACAUCUGUUUAUUAUGGAUCUACGUAUUCUGAUUGCCUCAUGCUAGUUUAGAAGAGGCUUUCAUGCCUUUGAUAUAAUAUGAAGAUCUAGACCACCUUGCUCUUGCUAGCUAAUGGAGAAACACGGCGGUUGGGAAUGAGGUGUUCACAUGUGACCCAAAAUAUAUGGGUUGAACUUCAUGGGAGAAAAAUAGACUGUGACUUUGUAUACUUGAUUUUAUGGGUAUAAGUUCUUGUGUGUAUACACAUAUGAUUAUGUAAAAUUGUAUGUACUUCAAUUAAGUGUGUGUGUGUGUGUGAAAGAUACUGAGAAAAAAAAUUUGUUUUUUAAAAGGUGUGAGGACAAGAAACAAACAGAAUACAUUUCAGAAAAAAAUUCAUAAAGGCACAGAGGUGGCAAGGGACAUAUACCAUAUAGGUGGUGAGGGAUUAAAACUGUAAAAAAAAGCCAUAAAACUUGUAGACUUGCAUUUAGAUGAUGAUUUAAGGUCUUGAUGAGUAUACUUGCCUUCACUUCCACAUAGGUUCCCGACAAUGUUGUCAUCUUGCUGAUAAUUUAAUAAAGAGGCAUUAAAGCAAGGGCAGUGAUGGAAUGCUAAAAGUGAUUGGGAAUAUGGUGCAUUCAGUUGCCAGUACAUCACAUUAUUACCAUAAUUCAUAUGUGUAUAUACUAUACAGUUUAUGGUUACCAAUAUGUAUAUAUAUUUAUAUUCUUUUUCAGAAUUACAGUGAAUACUACAUUUUAUUAGUAGUAGUCAUAUUUAUAGUAGGCAAUCUUCUGCUGACAAUUUUAUAUGUAAGCCACUAGGUUUGCUUUCUUGGUGGCUUAAGUAAUCAUCCCAUUGAUGGCUGUGAUGGUAAACUAAUAGUAAAAUCAACAUUCAGAAUAUUUUAUAAUAGUUGUUCAAUAGCAUAUAGAUAAAUAUUUAUUAUUUUAUAUAACUAUAUCUUGCUGUGUCUAUUAUUUUUAAGGUGGAAGCUGUUACACAUCUAGUUGUAUAUCAACAUAAUAUAACCAAAUAUUUUACACAGUUUUUUUAUGUUGCAACAGUUGUCAGAAGAUCAGUGAAUAAGAGCAUAGUAGAGGAUGAUCAACAUUCAUAGCUGUAAAGAAAAUCUAAUGUCAUUUACAAAAGUUUGCAGCCAGCUAUUGCUAAUACAUGUACAGUAGUACUUUUAAUCCUGAGAGCGAAGUUACAGUGUGUGUCAUAUGGCAUUCUGUAGACAUUACUAAAGGAUUUUUGCAAUGUCCCUCCAGUCCUCAGGUGCAUUUUUUAUUUUACUUUUCAAUCAUUCCAGUUUCUAUUUACUGCCUGGUGUCCAGUUGCUUCAGCUCUGCCUUCCCUUCGAACGAUGAGUUUCCUGAGUCCUUUGGUGAUGAAUUACAAUAGUCCUUGACAUGAUCAGGAAAGUGAAGUAGGAUGGCAAUCCUUACAUCUAUUAAACUCAAGUACUACAGGCAGUCCCCGGGCCAUGUUUGGCCUCAACUUAUGACAUUCCUAGUUAUGGUGCUUUUCAAAUACAUUCAUCAAAAAAUCGGUUCUCAGGUUACAUUGUUCCAGUCCUAUGGUGACAGAAGAAUAUUUGUACAUUUUGGGGGAAAUUCUACAAGGUCAUGGAGGCAAAUCUCACCAGAAACAAUGUAAAUCGAUUGGGAGAUUUUCAAGACAACCAAAGGAUUAAAGUUAAUGCUUUCAUAACAUUUUUCUCAUUUUUAGCAGUUUUAUUAUGGUGUUCCGGCUAGAGGAACAGAAUCCGCAAAGAAACCUGGGGACUGCUUGUAGCUGACGUGUCCGAGUAAGGGAAAAGUUUUAUAUUCAGGUCCUACUGAGUCUGAUUUUAAUAGACUGAUGACCUUUCAGGUAUAUCAGGUUUGGUGCUACUGUCUUCAGAGUAGCAUUGCAGAGCCGGCCUCCCAACUUGGAAGGGUAGAUCCUUCCCUUUAUUUUACAUGACGGUGAGUAUGGGAAUUACGUAGCCAACGUUUCAAUAGUGCCUCAUGACAUUCUCCUUAUCCUCAUCCCCCUCCAUCCCACAUACAUUAUCUGAGCAAUCAUGAAUUUUUGCAUGGAAAUGGAUGUGAGCUCUGGAGCUCCUUAGGAAUUAAGAAAUGGCAAAAAUGGAUAACAAAAUAUCUGAAACUAUAACAAUGGAUAAUAUUCGAGGUACAGUUGUUGAAACACAUUUUAAAAGUUAAACAAUUUGCAUAUGAAAACAGUACUAGAUUCACUUUUGAAAAGAUAUUCCAAUGAUCAAUAGAGGGAUCCACAGUAAUAUCCUUGUUUAUCUAGAUAUAAUAUAUUUAUACAAGCUUUGUAUAAAUAUAUUAUAUCUAGAUAAACAAGGAUAUUACUGUGGAUCCCUCUAUUGAUUUCUUAGAAGCAUGAUACAGUGUUUUAAUAUUGCAUAUUCCAAUGAUAUAGUUCUGGAAUUGUAUAACUAGAUAAUUGAUUUAUGUUAGAAGCAAGUGUCCUAAACAAUGGAAUUCUUUAAAAUACCAAAUAGGAAACUACUACAAAGUUUAAAGGGAGCUGUCUUCCUUUCAAGAUACCUAAAUUUUUGGUCCUUUGUUUCAGGAAAAUAACGUUAUAGAUUGUGUUCAAUGUAUGGGCUUAUAACAUGGAAAUGCCAUGACUUAUUUGUACAGUUUAUGGCUCAGUCAGUCUUCCAGACAUGGGCAAACAUCGAAAUACCAUGACUUGGUGAUUUAUACAGUUUAUGAUUUAUUCAAUUGUAAGUCCAGUGGGGAGGGGGGGCCCAAUCCAUAACAUUAAAUGUAGACACACAUAUUGCUGUAUCAAUACAAAAGGGGAGACAAAAAUGUAGUUAUAUUCCCUGAGAAUUUGACACUGGUUUUGUACACACUUAUUUUGGAUGGGCUUGAGGAAAAGCUGAGAAAAACUUUCAUAUCCGUAAUUUUAACCAAUCGGACCCUCGCAGAGUAGCCGUGUUAUCUGAACUGCUAUAUCUUCUAGUAUUUUCACUCAUUUACAUUACAGCUUUUGAUUCUGAAUCUCGGUCAGUAACAAGGACCCCUCCAAAAGGAAUUUUAAAACAAAAUGGUUUAAAGUCUUCAGCAUUAAAAGCUCCGUUGAUUUCUUAAGGUUUUCGAAGUGAAAAGCUGUUUGUUCAUCCAAAUGUCUAUUAAUAUUAAAGCUCACUGUUUUAUAUUGUUUUCAUCAACUGGUAUGAAUUGUUUCCUUUUCAAGAUUUCAAAUACAGACUGUAGUGGAGUGAGUCACAAAUUUUUGAAAAUAGGAAAUUCAAGCCAAUUCCUAUUCAUUACAUACUAUUUUUGUAGCAUGUGAGAGCUGUUUCCAGUGAGGACAUUGGUGAAGUUUACUCGAGAACCAUUAUAAGAACAACAUUGAUGAACCACCUGAAUGUUGAUUGCGUGAUUAGAUAUAACAUAUGAGCUCAAAGAACAAUUGGAAGAAUUUUACUAGUAGUUUGCUAAUCUUAUCAGAUGCACAAUUAUAAAGGUUCCUUGCAUUAAUUAAACAAUUUAUCUACCAGAUAAAUGGAGUUUAGAUAGUAGGCUAUAAUGAGUGAGCAUGAAGAUUUAUUUAUAUACAAAGGUUGCUCAUUAAAAUCAAAAUGGUGCCUUUUCUUCAUGUGACCAAGCCCAGUCCCCUCUCUCUUGUGCCCAUGAAUAUUCAGAUGUCCAUGCCAGUGGCAGAUUUAAAGGCGGCGGCCAUCUGAUCACGCGCCCCACCCCCGCAUGGAUAUGAAUAAUAGAACAUUGUUUCUUUCAAGAAAUCAUCAUCAGUAGCAGAUAUUUCCUUUAGAUACUGCUUAUCUUAACAACAACUGUACAACAACAAAAACAAUAGCUACAACAACAGCUACUACUACUACUGUGUAUACAUGUGUAUGUACAUAUAUACGUAAUAAUAC